AUAUUGAUUUGUCGUGAAGCAUGCUGGGUAUCUGAGUGACGUCACUCGAUCUUUUUCUCUUUGUGAAUCUAAAGAACACGUCAGUGAAAAUGGUUGAAAAAUCUCCAUCGUCGACAAAUGUGGGAGCUGGAAGAGCGCCUUCAAAGGCAGUUGCUUCGAGAGGCUCCGGUAGUCAAGUUAGACAAAGGAAAGGUGGUGCAUCAUCAUCAGGCAGAAGCAUCAGAGCAGCAUCCRGUGGCAGUAGCGGCAUGUGGAGAUUUUAUACAGAAGACUCUCCAGGACUAAAAGUUGGACCAGUUCCAGUAUUAGUAAUGAGUUUGUUAUUUAUUGCAUCAGUCUUCAUGCUUCACAUCUGGGGCAAAUAUACCAGAGGAUAGACAGCCAGCCAUUAUUACAUCUCAAUUAUAACAGUCAUUAAUACAUGUUGUAAAACAUCCACUAGUCUACUAUUCAGAUCUUUAGCAUCAUUAUCAGUCAUGUUACCAUCAACAACAAACAUGAUAUGUAACAAAUUAUCAACUAUUUUCUCAGUCUGUAAAUCAUGCAGUUGGCUGUUAAUGCUUGUA